CUGCGACAGUCGACAGCGACAUUGUAUACCUACUGAUAAAGUGACAGUCAGCACAAAUGUCCAGUGUCUGCUGAUUUUUGUUUUCACAUUACAAUAAUAAUAUUGUGAUCACAAAUAAACGUUAUUUGUGUUAUAGCCAUAUACGAUAAAUGUAUUAUAAUGUGGAAUAACUGAUGAAAUAAGAGGAAGUAAUAGUAUCGAUGUUAUCAUUUAAUCAGAAAUUAAAAGACAAUGAGUAAUGCUGCAGGACCACAUAAUAUGAACAAUUUACCACAUGGAGCAAAUCCAGAGAAUAAUUUACUACCCGGAGGCCCAAUGAUCAAUCCAACAAUGAAUCGAAAUAGAAAUAAUAACCAAAAUCCACUUUUCAAUGUUCGAGAAAGAUUGUUUCAUGCUCUAUUUUUUAAAUUUGCAAUAGCAUAUGCUCGAACAUUUCCUCGACCUGUGAGAAGGUUUUUUGAAUUUCUAGUUCUGUUAAAAGCAUUAGUAGCAUUUUUUGUGUUAGCAUACAUACACAUAGCAUUUUCUAGAACACCAACUACAUGUCUAAGUCAUGUAAAAGAUUCAUGGCCUAGAGAAGGUAUUUUAAGGGUAGAAAUACUAAGGAAUCCAUCUCAGGAUUAUACAAUUGAACAAAGCUAUGCUAAAGAAAGAAAAUUAAAAAAGGAUAAAGAUGAACUUAAUUCAAUGCUUGGGAUGUUGCCAACUGAAGGGUUUAUUAAUAUAGAAUCAUCAACAAAUAAUGAUGUAAAAGAUGAUUACAUUCGGGAUGGUACAGAUUACGGUAACAUAACUCGAUUACCAGAAUUCAAUGAAGGUGAAUCUUUGCAACAUUUGAAAGAUCUUGAAUCAUUUUACGAAGGAAAUUUUAAAAGAAAUCAAAAUAAUGAUGAGAUGAUAGAUUCUAAUACAACUAUACUACCUGGGAAGGAUGAAGAGCCAUCAUCUUCAAUUUGGGAAGGCAUAAUGGGUCUUGUUGAAGAUAUGGAUAGAGAUUUAAAAUUAAUUGAUGAAUCUGCCGAAGAGGCUGCUUCCAAUGACUCCUCAAAAGAUGAGGAUUACAUUCUGGAGUAUUCCCUGGAGUACGGAUUCCUACGACUGUCGCCCAAUGCCAGACUACACCUCAAAAUACCAGUGAAGAUAGUGACUCUGGAUCCCUCUGCGGAUGACUGCUUCGGCGACACGUUCUCAAGAUUUGUACUGGACGAGUUCUUGGGAUAUGACGACCUUCUGAUGGCUUCUAUAAAGAUGUUGGCAGAACAGGAGGAUAAUAAGGGCUAUCUAAGGAAUGUGAUCACCGGCGAGCACUAUCGGUUCGUGUCAAUGGUGACGGCGCGUUCAUCUUACAUCGUUGCAUUUUUCAUCAUGCUUGUGUUUACCGUAUCGAUUUCUAUGCUUCUGCGCUACGCUCACCACCAAAUAUUCGUAUUUAUAGUUGAUCUUCUACAAAUGCUGGAGUUUAACGUGACGGUGUCAUUUCCGGCGGCGCCUCUGCUCACAGUCAUAUUGGCCUUAGUCGGUAUGGAAGCAAUAAUGUCGGAGUUCUUCCACGAUACCACAACUGCCUUUUACAUCAUCCUGAUAGUGUGGAUAGCGGACCAGUACGACGCGAUAUGCUGCCACACUGCCAUCGCUAAACGACAUUGGCUGAGAUUCUUCUACUUGUACCACUUCUCGUUCUACGCGUACCACUACCGCUUCAACGGCCAGUACAGCAGUCUGGCGCUUGUCACGUCCUGGCUGUUUAUACAGCAUUCGAUGUUGUACUUCUUCCAUCACUACGAACUGCCAGUUAUACUACAGCAAGCACAACUGCAACAACUUCUUCUUCGCAGCCAUCAUAGCAUGGGCGGUAUGAUGGGCCUGGCUGGGAUAGCGGCAUUAGCUAGCGGCACAGCAUACCUCGAGGCUCCAGGAACUGCCACUCAGGCAACCCCACCCACCACACAGUCCACUACGCAGACUGUACAAAACACCACACAGUCUACAACCCAAACAUCACCUUCUUUAUCUACAGUCCAAACAAACACUACUCAUACUGGUGAUGUCAUAUCCUCAAGAAGUGUCACGACAGAAACUCACGCGACAGGAACCAAUACCACACCUGGAAACGAAGAAAGUGACACAGCUGUAGCUAGCCCGGAUACUGAAGCUUCAGACAAUUCCGACAAAAAUAAUUCAUCCAAUAUAAAAUCGGAACCUGAUCUUAAGAUUGAGAAGAUCCAAAGAAAAGAAUCCGAUAGUGAUAUAAAAAUCAUUCAAGAACGUGGGCUAGAGGUAGGUGAUCACGAGGAAGAGAAAGAUCGUUCGUUGAAUGAAGCUGUUGCUCCAAAAGACAGCACUGAAAACAUUGGCGUUUCGAGGCUUGCUUUAGAUCGUAGACGAAAGUAUGAGACCGAUACUAACGACGUAUCGUCUUUGACGCCUAGAGUUGAAAUACCAACAAAUAGAACUGCUCCCAGAGCUUCUCCAGAGGCUGAUGAUAUUUAGCACCAUUCAAUGAUACAUAUUACAAAAAUAUAGAAUGUCUUAGUUACCACCUAAAACAUUACAUCAUAGAAUAUAUUAAAUAGAAUCCCUUAAAGUCAAAAAUGAAAAAAGUGUAAGGGUACUUUCGUCGAGUGUUUAUGAUAAGGAUUAUAUUUAAGUUGCAGUGGCAUGAAUUUAAGUCGGAUUUAUUUAAUAAUACUUUUCAAUACUGAUCUUCACCAUUAUAUUAUACCGUAUCGACGUGUUCGAUUUUUUUUGUCAAUAAUUAUGAUGUUUAAAAAAAGUCUAACUAUAAAAUAAAAUCAGUUUAAUUUUCGGCUUAUACUUAUAAAUGUCGGAACUGAUUUCAUGUUUACAAUACUCGAAACAGGCAAAUGUAUUUCUAUUUUGUAUAAAAUGCUUGUUAUUGCUUUUGCAUCGAUGAUCUUAUGAAUUGCCUUAUUACAUUGUAACCACAUUUUGACUUGUUUUUUAUAGUUCCAUUUCAUUUUAGUUAUGUAAGGUGUGGCUACCGUUACAGCAAUUGUAAAUAGGUAUUGAUAAUAAUAUAAUGUAUUUAUUACUUUGACUAAUUAUUUCGUUGUAUCAAAUUUUUGCUACUCGAAAAGCUUAUUGGGAUGCAUUGGAAGUUGUUCAUUUUCAUUUACGUACUAGUUCGUUUCAUUAAAGAUUAAUCAUUAAAAGUGGGUUUUAUUUAAUCAAUUUACUACUUACGAAACCAGUGGUUUUGCUUAAGUCGUGUCCACGUAUAACGAACGACGGUGAAAGAAAGUAAUCGAACGAAAAGGAAAGAGUUGCCACUUUAUCUGACUUUGUUUUCUCUAUCUUUUUUGUCUAUUUUUGUUCGCUGUCGUUGUUUGUGUGUGGAAAAGGCUUGAUAUAAUUGCUAGAAUAUAUUUUAACGAUCAAUCAGUCCGUACGAACUUUUGGUGAAUUAUGUUGGGCUCGCUAAUAAAGGUGUAUUGAAGAU